UGACUGCUGUAUUGUAUGGAUGCUUGAUUAUUUUAGUCAUAUACCAUAGACCAAAGGCCAUCCAGCAUCCAAGAGCGGCACACAGCGGAGCUAACCACCACGACUUACCUCUCUGCGCUAGUCUCCGACGAGGGGAACUGAUACAAGGGAAUACGCUGCGACAUUAUUGGAAGGCACCACGGUCGUGCAGCAGCCCAGUUGAAGUCGAUAGAGGGAGAGGAUGCCAAGCUCGCGAAAGAGAGAGGAACUUGGGCGAGAACUCGGCGUUGCUGCAACGAACGGCCGCGUGAGCGCCGUCCAACAUCUCCUUGCCGCUGGGGCGGACAAAGAAGUCCCGACGCCAUUGAUGGGCAUGAUGAUGACCCCCCUCACUGCAGCCGCCUACACGAACAACGAGCGCAUUGUGAGGGCGUUGAUCCAAGCGGGGGCAAGCGUUGAUGGUGGAUCGAACACAGGCCAUACGCCUCUUCACUGUUGUGCCAUGGAAGGGCAGGAGGGGAUGAUGAAAGAGCUCCUGGAUGCCGGGGCCAAUCCAACGCUAACGACGGUAGAAGGAAAUACCGCAUUGCACACAGCAGCCCAGUGGGGGAACGCACGAGAACCGGUGCUCAAGAUGCUCAUUUCUGCGGGAGCAGAGAUAGACGCUCGCUGCACCAAGGGGUAUACCCCUCUAAAGCUCGCGGCGUGGAAGGGGACGGUCGAAGCGGUCAAGACUCUUCUGGAAGCUGGUGCCGACGUUCUAGCGAACGACUACACGGGCCACAACAUUCUCUCUGGCGCUUAUCACAACAACAACGAUGCCAAGAUUGACAAGAUCAUUCAGUUACUCCUUGACGCCGGAGCGGAUCCGGACACAACAGACCCUGAUGGGCAACACCCUCCUCUUCUUUUAGCAGUUCAUGCCAACAAGCCCAAGAUGAUCCGCUCUCUCAUCGCUGCCGGAGCCAACCCCAACAUCACAUCGACCCAAGGCCUCACACCGAUCGGCCUUGCCGUCAACAUGGGAUUUGACAGGUGCCUGGCGGUUCUCUUGCGGUCCGGUGGGUCUCCGCAUGCUAAUAACAGUACUGGGCCGACCCUUCUCCAAUCGGCAAUCCUCGAGCUUUACCCUACCUGCCUCGCGUUUCUUCUCCAAGCCGGGGCAAACCCCGAGAAAAUACUCACGGGCUCCUCGCCCUAUCCAGCGAAGCUGCGAAAGCGCUUGACCACGAAUUACAAGCUCGACACGCCGGAGGGACGCUGUCGGCAAAUUUUGCUCGUGGCCCAGGCGUACAACGCGCGCUCGUGGCAAUGGCCGGCGUCUGCCAUCGCGACAUCAGCAAACCCAGUUGAGCAGAAGGAAGAGGACAGGGCGGGAAAGGAGGUGGUGGGUACGAAGCCUCCGAGGAGCGCCGCGAGCUGGAUGAAGCCGAGACGCGGUGUAUUUGUCCCCGCUGUACUCUGGUUUGUAACAAAGACGGAGAUGGGGUGACAAGAACGUAAUCCAACACCGCCUCGAGAUGGCAUGAGGACCCAAGCGGGAGGAACCCUGGAAAGCUGUUCCCCGUCCCGAACACGGGACCAAAGGAUGGGAGAGCUGUGUGACAUGGAAAGGGGGGCGACGCAACUAGCGCAAGUGACUCCGGGUCGGACAUAGGACAAGAAGCUGUGUGCUUGGCCUGUUUCUGUAUCCCGAUGACCCGUUCGGAUUGCUCAGGAUUUUGAACUUGAUUGACGGAAUUUAUACUCUACGACUCGUAAGUAAACUACAGUAGGCCGAUCGUAUCACUCCAAACACGGGGUUGAGGGUGCUGUGGUAGUCGAUUAUUGGCAAGACACAAAGGCAGGAGAUGCUGGCGGGUAAUAGCGAACGAACUAGAGAGUUACCGGCACAUGAUGUCUACCGAGAAUCGAGUAAAUCAAGCGAGCACCAGUGAUUGUUCAGUUGAUUCCUUCCCUCGUCUGUGGUUCGUAAACGAGAAGCGUGUGCAAGUCCUCCGGUCGCAAUUGCGAGUGGAAUCCAAUACACUGGCGGUCGCGCGGCCCGCAUUGUUGCAGCCAUCUGUUCAGCGUGCUGCUACUCCAAACGCGAAAAGUGAAGAUAAAUCCAUUUCUAAAAGUAAUUUUGUUGAAGUCCAAGUAUUGUUCAAACAACAUUGUGUGGUGCUUAUUCAUAAACUGCUGUUGGUGUCUGACUGCUAGCUGACCAGGGCCUUUCUAUAUCCUUUCGGUUUUGUGCUCUACCAAUAGUAACGCCUUUGCGAUGAUGUUUUUCCUCUGUACAUGCUUGUUCUUUUCACGUGUCGUACCCUUUUUCGGUAGCU